AUGAUGAACGAAGAGGACAAACAACGAAAAGAACAUGUUGAACAACAACAACAACCUCAAGAAUUAAUGAAGAUGAGUCCGCCCCAACCACAACCAUCAUCAUCAACCUCAUUAUCGAAAGAAGAACUCUGUACCAACACAACCGAAAAACACUCGUCCUCUCCUCCCCGAGGGAAUGAAAUAUCUUCCUCUCCUCCUCUUCCUCCUCUUCCCAACUAUUCCAUCCUAUCUCAGAAUCAAAGUCUGAAUCAAUUUUCCUCCUCCUCAUCCUCCAACAACAACAACUUUACAUGCCGAAUCAUGUUAGAGGCUUUUCUUUCCUACUUUUGUUGUGUUUCUCACUUUUCCUCCACAAGGACCAAUUUCGACCGAAUGUUCCGAACCAUAAGAAAUCAAAGAGGAGGAGGAGCAAAUUCCAACAAGGACAUGCCACCACAAGAACCAUCUUCUUCUUCUUCCUCCUCCUCGAAAUUAUCAAUGAAAUUACGUUCACUUUUCAUUCCUGAUUAUGUCGUGUUGGGUAAGAAUGAUCGAAUUAAGAUGGUCAAGGACAAUGCCAUAAAGCAUUCUUCGUCGUCGACGUUGUUUCCACAGACGACAAACAAGACCAACAAACAUGCACCACAUAAAAUUCGACUCAUGACAGAUGCCAUUGAGGAAAUACAUGAUGAGGAAGUGGAAGAACAUGUCAUUGAAAGUGAAUAUUCAUUUUGGAUAUGGCUGAAAAUUUGCUGUUUGGGACAAUUGACAUUUAUGUGCCAUCCUCCUCGGUGUUUCACGAUUUUAAAUUGUUUAUUAUUGUUAUUUAUUUUACAAGGGAUAUUUGGAAUAUCCUCUGCAUUUAUAUUACUGUAUACAAGUGGACAACGUGUUUCAGAGAAUACUCAAUCAAUUCAACAAUUACAAAUUAAGACAUUCAGUAAUUAUGAAAUAUCUCAUCUAUUAGACUAUACUUCUCUUGCAGUUAAUUCCAUGCUGUUUAAAUUAUCAAAUCCUUCUUUCGAUGUCACCAACUCGACGCAUUGGUUUACCUUAUUUCAUUAUGUGGCUGGUAUUUAUAGAAAUAUCAUUCCCAUUGGUGGCAUAGUAUUUGCCAGAUACGACAAUAUCUACGUUGGAUACAAUCGAGAUCAUUUAUUUACCAUUCGAAAUGGAUCCAUUGUUGAUGGAGCACAAUGUCAAUACUUUUUCAGCUCGAACUUCUCUCAACCAAUGACAGAAGCAUAUUUUGCCGAUCACUUCUCUCAUUCGAUCUGUAACGUAUCUAUUGUUACCACUCAGAGACCAUGGUACACUCCUUAUAUGAGGAGUGACAAUCCCUCCACGAACAUUCGAUGGUCACCUGUUUAUAUUUCUUCAGCUGGAGAUUUGAGCAUAUCAGUAACCAUUCCUGUGUAUGUGAACACUAGUACGCUUUCCAAUGUGACCAAAGCUCCUUUCACACUUCCUGACAAGUUGGUGGAUGCAUCUCUGAAAAAUCCGUCUUACUUGUAUGGAGUGGCUGCAUUUCAACUUUUAUCUCCAGCACUAAGUUCCUUGUUGAAGAAUUCGAGUGUUCUAUUUGAAGAUUUAGAUUUGGCAUUUAUUACAAAUGCUAAUGGUGAUCUUAUUGCUGUCAAUGUGGAUGACGAUGAACCAAAAUAUUUGACUGCUCAGAGAAUUAUUGACAACUACAGAGAAAGAAACAUUUUAUCCAUCCUCAACACGACCACAUGCCAAGUUGAAAAAGGAAUUUGCUCUAAAUUUAUUGAACGAUAUCCCUAUAAUGGAAUCGAUGCAAUUCUAGAUGUUGAGUUAACAUUUAUUACAGAUAUUUAUAAUCUUUCUUGGGGAGUAGCAGUGGCGACUCGAAAAGCAUCUUUUGCAGAUGAGGUGGUCACAGGAGGAAUUACAAGCGUUGUAAUUUUUGUGAUUAUUUUCGUAUUUGGAAUGUUUUGUUUAUUCUUUUUUGUGAAAGCCAUUAGCAAUCCAUUACAUCAAAUUUCUAUAGACAUGUUAAAAUUAACCAAUCUUUCAGAUAUGGAUAAGGAAAAGGAACCUUCAAGUUUUUUCAGUGAUAUUAAGGAGAUGCAAGAAUACAUUUCGAUUAUGAGAAAACGAUUGAAUACUUUUACCAAAUAUGUUCCUGAAGUCAUUGUCCAAAAAGUAUUACAAAAAGAGCACGAAGAUUGUGGUGAAAUAUACAUGAGCGAGCAACACAUGAGUGUACUCUGUUGUGACAUUGAAGGAUUUAACAAGAUGUCCGAAUCGUUAGAACCUCAAGAAUUGUUAACCAUUGUGAAUAAUUACGUGACAUGCGUUUGUGUCAUUAUUCACAAUCGUCGUGGACUUGUGGAUAAGUUUAAUUCUGCCUGUAUCACAUGCUUCUUUAAUGAAUCAACAUGUCCCGUCAAUGAUCACGAAAUGCAUGCAUGUAUUACUGCAUUAGAAAUUAUGGAAGCCAUUGAAAAUGAUUUAAACAAAAAGCACUUUUCUGAAGAAAACAAAAUUCGAGUGAACAUUGGAAUCAACUCGGGAAAAUUCCUUUGUGGAAAUGUGGGAACCAACCAAUCUCUUAGUUUUAGUGUAUUUGGAAAGAAUUUAGAGUUUGCCUCAAAACUAAUGGAAUUGAAUCGAUUUUUUAAUUCGUCUAUUUUGAUUGGACCUUCAACCUUUGAAAAAGUUUCCAAUGCAUUCCUUUGCUACUUUAUGGACUAUUUGAAAGAAGAAUCCGUUUGUUCCUCUCAUGACAUUGUUUCGACCAUGAAAACUCUUUCGAAAGGAGAUUUAUCCAUGUAUUGGAACAAAACACAGAGUGACUUGCAUGCAUGUUAUGAGUUAAUAGGUCACAAAAACGAAGCGACUGAUUUACAGAAGAGAAUUGCCUCUGACUUGUUUCAGAUUCAGACCUCUCUGACAGAGGAAAAGAAAUAUUCUGAUCUCAAAAGUAAAUGCUCCAUGCUUGUCUCUUUAACUGGAUUGAAGAAUGUGCAAAUUUUGUACGAAAAGUGUCGCAAGCAAGGACCAACAUGGAAUGUUUUCUCAACAAUAAACAAAUGA